AUGUUAAAAUUAUUAGCUUCUUACAAUAAAGAAGUGGAUGCAGUUGUCUUGGAGAAUGCUCCUCAAAAUGCAAUAUACACAUCACCUUUUAUUGAAAAGGAAAUUAUACAUGUUUUUUCUAGAAAGGUGCAAAAUAAAAUUCGCAAUGAGAUUGGUAAUGCAAAGUUUUAUUUGAUUGUUGAUGAAGCUAGAGAUGAAUCUAAAAGAGAACAAAUGGCACUUGUUAGAUUUGUUGAUAAGCAUGGAUUUGUCAAAGAAAGGCUAAUAGAUGUUGUUCAUGUCAAAGAUACUACUUCUGCUACUCUAAAACAAGAGAUUUGUUCUGCAUUAUCUCAUCAUAAUCUCAACAUUCAAAAUGUUCGAGGUCAAGGGCAUGACGGGCUAGCUCUUGUUGCUGCAGCUAAAGAAGUUGUUGAUGUUCAUACUUUUUUCCAAAGUUUAAGUAAUAUUAUCAAUAUUGUGUGCUCUUCUUGCAAACGCAAUGAUGAAUUACGAGCUGCUUAUGCAACUGAAAUUUCCCAUUUAGUUGCAACUAAUCAAAUUGAAAUAGGAAGGGGAGUUAAUCAAAUUGGCACAUUAAAAAGAUCAGGAGAUACCAGAUGGAGCUCUCACUUCAUCUCAAUUUGUAGCCUUUUACGUAUUUUUGGAGCAACAACUUCACUUCUGGAAGAUUUGGCUACUAAUGGAUCUACAUAUUCUCAACGUGGUGAUGCUACUUAUGCUCUUAAAUCUUUAUUAUCAUUUCAUUUUGUUUUCAUUUUGCAUAUGAUGAAAGAAAUCAUGGGAAUCACUGAUAAACUUUGUCAAGCAUCAGCAAAAAUCUCAAGACAUUUUGAAUGCUAUGCAUCUGGUUUUUGGUACAAAGUCAUUGAUUCAAUAGUUAAGAGAUAG